AUGGGCAAGGUGGACAUCAAAAGUGCCUACCGAAUAAUCCUGGUAAAUCCUAGUGACAGAUAUUUAUUAGGAUCGUACUGGAAAGGGCAGUAUUAUGUCGAUUUGACGCUACCAUUUGGCUUGCGGUCUGCACCCGGAAUCUUUAAUAGCGUGGCGGAUUUAUUUGAAUGGAUGUUAAUUCACAACUGGAGCGUGGACGAUUUAUUGCAUUAUCUGGAUGAUUAUUUUACCGUAGGGGCUGCCGGCACUAAUAUUUGCGCAAAACGUCUCAUGGCAAUUCAUCAAGCAGCCCAGCUUGUAGGAAUACUUUAUCGCCUGAGAAAUGCGAAGGUCCCACAACCCGCUUGA